AUGGAUUUGACAUCGCCCAUCCGUCUCGCCAGUGGCACCUCCAUUCCCCGCCUCGCCUUGGGCACAUUCAAGGCCAAAGGGGGGGAGGUGAAGGAGGCGGUUAAAGCAGCACUGGCAGCUGGAUACAGGCAUAUAGACACCGCAUCAGUGUACAAGAAUGAAGCGGAAAUCGGGGAGGCUAUUAGGGAGUACGGCAUUGCAAGGGAGGAGGUGUUUAUCACGUCCAAGGCCUCGCCCUACGAGCAUGGGUUCCAGCAGGCUCUAGCAGCGUGUGCAGCGUCCUUGGAGCGCCUGCAAACAGACUACCUGGACCUCUACCUGCUGCACUGGCCCGGAGUGGCAAAGCUAGAUAGAGCAUCUGAGAAGAAUGCAGAGAUUCGGCUGGAGUCUUGGCGCGCUCUGGAGCAGCUUCAGAGGGAAGGUAAAUGCCGCGCCAUUGGAGUCAGCAACUUCACUGCCGCCCAUCUCGACCACUUAAUGACAAACUCUGCCGCCCCGCCAGCUGUCAACCAGGUGGAGGUGCACCCGCUACUGACUCAGCAGCCUCUGCGGGCCUACUGUGCUGAGCGUGGCAUCUGUGUGGCAGCUUAUUCCCCCCUGGGGUGUGGCCAGACGAGAAGCGGCGGACCGAAUGCUUCGAUCAGAAGCGAGCUCGAAUACACUCAUGGCGGAAACGCGGGGAUGAAGAUUGGCAUUGACCUGCUUGAGCCGGUCAAGGCGAAACAUCCACGAGUAUCAUACGCUGACAUCUACCAGCUAGCUGGCGUGAUAGCUGUUGAAGUAACCGGAGGUCCAACCAUUGCUUUUAAGCCCGGCCGAAAGGACUCCCUGGCUGUCACUCCUGACGGCAGGCUGCCAGAUGCUCAUAAAGGAUCUGCUCACCUACGAGAUAUAUUUUGCCGCAUGGGGUUCAGCGAUCAAGACAUUGUUGCAUUGAGUGGAUCACACACUCUGGGGCGUGCACAUAAGGAUCGUUCGGGUUUUGAGGGGGCAUGGACGCAGCAACCACUGAAAUUUGACAACACCUACUAUAUUGAGCUCUUGAAAGGAGACGCUACAGGACUGCUCCAGCUUCCCACGGACAAGUGCCUCGUACAGGACCCCAAGUUCCGUCCAUUUGUUGAGUUGUAUGCUAAGGACGAGGAGGCGUUUUUCAGAGACUACGCAUCUGCGCACAAGAAAAUGUCUGAGCUUGGGUGCAAGGAUACCUCUCCAGCAUUUUGGGAAACUGAUGCUGCAGCCAAGGAGACUGUUAGUGCAUCCACCAUCUUGGCCCAAAGUGCUUUUGGUGCUGUUGUCACUGCUGGAGUUCUUGUUCUGGGAUACCUGUAUGAGCUCCGGCGGAAAGCCAAGUGA